AUGACCGCACUGAGACAGGGUUUCCUGCAGGAGAGAGCCCAGACCCAGCAGCAGUUUUACCCACACCUCACCUCAGGCAUUAGGGUUUUUGUCACCGGGAUCGUCGGGGUCUUCCAGGUCGUCGUCGGCGGGAAUCGUGGUCGCUUCCGCCGGGCCUUUUCGGACGGCGAGGGGUCUUUCGCGGCCUCGACGAACUGGUUGGACAGAUGUGGGAACCCCUCGCCCGGCGCCCAGAUAUCCCUGCAGGAGAAUAUUUUUUUUUUCUGUACUUCAACAUAUUCAUCCAAUGCAAUUAUAUCUCGUUUCGUCGUUCGUCCCUCAGUCUCCGUCUGCAGCGGAACGGGCCCGAUCACGCUAACUGAGGGAGACUGCCUGCAGAUUCACAGUCCGAACUACCCUCUCCCUUACGAAGACAACACCGAUUGCUCUCUGACUGUCGUUGCGCCGUCAGUCUGCCAGAUUGUGCUGCAAUUCUGCGACUUAUCGCUCGAGAGAUGCCCCUACGAUUUCCUGAACAUCACUGAUGGGAUGAACACGGCCUCCUUCUGCGGGAAAGCCGAAGUGCCGCCCUUGCCCGCCACCUUCGCCAGCGCCGUCACUGUGCAAUUUUCCACAGACUUCUCGCAGGUCAACAUCGGCUUCAAUCUUGCUAUCUCCCUAAACUGCUACUAG